AUGGCCUAUGACCGCUACAUUGCCAUCUGCAGACCCCUGCACUACGGGACCCUCAUGGGCAGCAGAGCUUGUGUCAAAAUGGCAGCAGCUGCCUGGACCAGUGGUUUUCUCUAUGCUCUCCUGCACACUGGGAACACAUUUUCCAUACCACUCUGCCAAGGCAACACCGUGGACCAGUUCUUCUGUGAAAUCCCCCAGAUCCUUAAGCUCUCCUGCUCAGACUCCUACCUCAGGGAAUUUGGGGUUCUUGUGGUUAGUCUUUGUUUAGUCUUUGGGUGUUUCAUUUUCAUUGUGGUGUCCUACGUGCAGAUCUUUACUGCUGUGCUGAGGAUCCCCUCUGAGCAGGGCCGGCACAAAGCCUUUUCCAUGUGCCUCCCACACCUGGCUGUGGUCUCCCUGUUUAUCAGUACCUCAUUUUUCGUCUACCUGAAGCCUCCCUUCCUCUCCUGGCCAUCUUUGGAUCUGGUGGUGGCUGUUCUGUACUCGGUGGUGCCUCCAGCAGUGAACCCCCUCAUCUACAGCAUGAGGAACAAGGAACUUAAAGAUGCACUGAAGAAACUCAUCCAGUGGGUACUAUGUCAGCAUUAA